GAGCGACUUCCUAGCACGCUACAGCUCCAGACCAAAGUCUCGGCGUGGGAGCUAGGGUUCGAAAAUCUGUUGAAGGGAGGGGGAGGGGGAGGAGGAGGAGGAGUCCAGGAGGGAGAAGAUGAUCGAGGUGGUGCUCAACGACCGGCUGGGGAAGAAGGUGCGGGUCAAGUGCAACGAGGACGACACCAUCGGCGACCUCAAGAAGCUGGUGGCGGCGCAGACGGGGACCAGGCCCGAGAAGAUCCGCAUCCAGAAGUGGUACAACAUCUACAAGGACCACAUCACCCUCAAGGACUACGAGAUCCACGACGGAAUGGGCCUCGAGCUCUACUACAACUAGGUGCCCUGCCUCUACUUGCCCCUGAUUGUUUGCUGGUUGAUCUGAAUUCUCUAGUGAUGGGUGUGAUCUCAUUGGUGCUAUUCCAGUCGCGGUGUCUUAAGCUCAUAUAUAAGCAACUCCAUUGAGCUAUGUAGUACUCCAUGGUUUUGCCAAACUACCAAUGACUAUUGACAGCUUGCAUAUAUGGUCAUGUGAUCAACCUGCAAACUUGGAGUGCUGCUACUCGUAGACCAUAAAUAACAUAGUGCUUAACUUUGGUUGUGAUAA